AGGAGAGAGAAGAAAAAUAAUGUGUGGGUCUCAGCCACACACCACCUCAACGCUCCUCUCUUCUCUUCUCUGCUUUGAACUUUGAAAAAAAAAAAAUGGCUGCUUUGCGUCUCGGGGGCGGGUGCAUUGGCUCCUCCACUCGGUUAUGAGUGUCACUCUUCCAACAGCAGGUCUGGACAAGGCUUUUAUUGAUUCCUGGUUUCACCCUUCAGCAUGAAAUCAGGACCAAAGGAUGGCAGGCACUCUAUUAUGCCUCUUUGUUUGAGAGGCAAAGCAGCCUCACAUUUUUGCAUGUUUCCAAAGGUGAAGGCAGCAGACUACGUUAAAGGGAGCGCACCUGUCUAUCUGAAUGUAUAUGACUUGACACCGGCAAAUGGCUAUAUCUAUUGGGCAGGCCUUGGCAUCUUUCACUCUGGCGUAGAAGUUCAUGGGGUAGAAUAUGCCUUUGGAGCCCAUGAGUACUCAUCAAGCGGUGUUUUCGAGGUUGAACCUCGACAAUGCCCUGGCUUCAAGUUUAGAAGGUCAAUUUUCAUUGGCAUGACAUGCUUGGAUCCUUUCCAGGUUAGAGAGUUCAUGGAGCGUCAAUCUGCAAUCUACAAUGGUGACUCAUAUCACUUGAUUGUCAAGAACUGCAACCAUUUCUGUGAAGAUAUAGGUUAUAAGCUGACUGGAAAGCGAAUACCAAAAUGGGUCAAUCGACUUGCAAGAAUAGGUUCUCUGUGCAACUGUAUACUCCCAGACACCCUAAAGACGACCACUGUUCCACAUGACCCCAAUUUUGAAGGAUGCGAAAGUGAAAAAAAGAGACUAAGAAGUGCCUUCACUUGCUUGUCAUCAAUGUCGAUGCCACAGAGGGAAGUAUCAAUGUCGUCGUUGUUUCUACAUUCUCACUAUAAAGGCUGCCUACCACCAUGGGAGUUUAAAAGGUCUAGAAAUGGCUCAUUGAAGGAAGGUUGAUAAAAACUGAAAUCCGUCAUCAUUUUUUACAUGAUUUUAUUGCUCAUGUAGGGAUAGAUGCUGCUGCUAGUUUUGUGGUUCAGGAUGAUCGGGGCUGUCCUAUUCUUGCAGGAAUCAUAAAUUUAAGGAAUAAUGCAGUAUCAAGGCGGACUCUAGGAGUUGCGUGAUGCUCUGUUGAUGUUGUGUAUAACCGUGGCUUUAAAAACUUACAAGUCUGGCGGUCACUUUUCAAAAUAUAUCUUGGAGACAUGUUCUUAUUUUUAGAGAGACUAAUUUUCUUGGCAAUGCUAUCGCAAGUGCAAGGAUAAAUAGUUCAAUACACGUAUUUGGGGUCGCACCCUUCUCGCUUGUGCGACCCAAGCUUUACGUUUC